AUGAGAGAGAGAAAUGAGAGAAUUCCUGAUUCUGGUGAACAGUUUAGCUAUGUCGUUAUAAAGGGUCCCCAUCUUCGUGAUGAGAAAGAUAGGUUAAUACCGUAUAGAAUUGGAGAUUAUAUGAAAUAUCUAUCAAAUAUAACAAAAGAGCAAAACAUGAAAAUAGAUAUCAAUUAUUAUUUAGACACUACAGUUGUAAUAUGCGCACGCUUUAUCAAUGAGAAUGAUAGCUAUCGACCAGUCUCAUCACAUAAAAUAAUGCAGAUCAAGGAUCCAGAUGUGAGAAAAAAAAGAUUGACAAACACUCAAGAAUGA